CAGACAUCGUAUGCUUUCACAGACAGACAGACAGACAGACAGACAGACAAAGCUAACCCUCUCCUUAAUACAAGUAGGAAAAUGAUAUCACAGAGACUUCAACUUUUGGGCCUCAUUCUGGCAAUGAUUGGCUACAUGGGCACCAUCGUCAUCUGCGGUUUACCCGCAUGGAAGAUGACGGCUUUUAUCGGCGCCAACAUUGUGAUUUUCCAAGUCAUUUGGGAAGGAUUAUGGAUGGAUUGCGUGGUUCAAACCACAGGCCAGAUGCAGUGCAAGGUCUACGACUCCCUCCUGAUUCUUCCUGCACAUCUGCAGGCCGCUCGAGCCUUGAUCAUCGUCGCCCUUGUUGUUGGAAUUUUUGGAAUGAUCGUCACCAUCAUCGGCGGCAAAUGCACAAGUUGUGUAGAGGAUGAGAAUGCUAAGGCUAAGAUUUCUGUCGCUGGUGGGAUCAUCUUCAUCAUCACAGGGAUUCUUGUUGUAAUUCCAGUGUGCUGGACCUCAAGCGCUAUCAUCAGGGACUUUUACAACCCAGCCCUUACGGAUGCCCAGAAGAGAGAACUGGGACCUUGUCUUUAUAUUGGUUUUGGAUGUGCUGCACUUCUCAUUGCAGGUGGAGCCCUGCUCUGUACCUCAUGCCCUCCAAAAGAUGAACAUAUCUAUAACGUGAAAUACUCUCCAGCCAGAUCUACAGUGAGCAGCAACAACAACAAAAUUUAUUCUCGCAAAAUGGUAUCCCAGAGACUUCAACUUUUGGGCCUCAUUCUGGCAAUGAUUGGCUACGUGGGCACCAUUGUCAUCUGCGGUUUACCCGCAUGGAAGAUGACGGCUUUUGUCGGCGCCAACAUUGUGACUUUCCAGAUCAUUUGGGAAGGAUUAUGGAUGGAUUGCGUGGUUCAAACCACAGGCCAGAUGCAGUGCAAGGUCUACGACUCCCUCCUGAUUCUUCCUGCACAUCUGCAGGCCGCUCGAGCCUUGAUCAUCGUUGCCCUUGUUGUUGGAAUCUUUGGAAUUAUUGUCACCGUCAUCGGCGGCAAAUGCACAAGUUGUGUAGAGGAUGAGAAUGCUAAGGCUAAGAUUUCUGUCGCUGGUGGAAUCAUCUUUAUCAUCACAGGGAUUCUUGUUCUCAUUCCAGUGUGCUGGACCUCAAACGAUGUCAUCAGGAACUUUUACAACCCAGCCCUUACGGAUGCUCAGAAGCGAGAACUGGGACCUUGUCUUUAUAUUGGCUUUGGAUGUGCUGCACUUUUCAUUGCAGGUGGAGCCCUGCUCUGUACCUCAUGCCCUCCAAAAGAUGAACCUGUCUAUAACGUGAGAUACUCUCCAGCCAGAUCUGCAGUGAGCAGCAACAACAACAAAAUUUAUGUUUAAG